AUGUCUGCCACUACAACUCAGACAUCCGUGUCUACCACCCUCUCGGGAGCCCAAGAUUCUUCAUAUGUCCCGCGGGGUCCAGUAAACACGACACUGAACUUUUUCCGAGAGCCCGAGGACGGGUCAAAGCCACAUAACUAUGUGGAGAAACAACCCGACGGCAAGCCUCAGCGCAACUUUGGCGAGACGGUGGUUGAGGUACAGAUGAAUGAUAUCCGCGGCCGAGAAAACGAAUUCAAUCUUGACAAGGACGCAUUUCAAGCUAUCAAGGGUGUCCCAUCAGAAGAGACGGAAUUCCUCGACGAUGAACACAUCAAACAGGUCUACUAUCCCGAGGUUGAAAAAUUACUGCUGGACAAUGUCCCCGGCGCACACAAGGUCACCAUCUUUGACCACACCAUCCGUCGAUCGAAUCCUGAGGCGCCACGUGCCCCUGUUACAAGAGUACACGUCGAUCAGACGGCGCGAUCGACUGAGUGGCGGGUGAAGUUGCACAAUCCCGACGAAGCAGAGGAGCUUCUAAAGGGUCGAUACCGCAUCAUCAACGUGUGGCGACCCAUCAACGGCGUCGUUCAGGCGCACCCGCUUGGCUUUGCCUCUGCUGAUUCUGUCGAUGAUGACGAUCUCAUCCCUGUCGAGCAUAGAUACCCUCAUCGGACGGGCGAGACGGCGGCGGUGAGGUACAACCCGAACCAGAAAUUCUACUACUGGUCAGGCAUGGACAAUGACGAGCGGCUUUUCUUGAAGUGCUAUGACAACAAAGAAGGCGUUGGUCAGAGAGUCCCCCACACGGCUUUUGUGGACCCGAGAACCCCCGUGAGAGCCAAGGGUCGGGAGAGCAUUGAGGUUCGCGCGUUGGUUUACGGUUAG